AUUUGACAUUUUGACUAAUAAACAAAAACAAAAAAAGUGAGAAUCGAGUGCAAUUUUCGAUUUGAAAAAAAAAGUAAAAUUUUGCAUAAUUUAUUGGCAGCCAGAUCAAAAAUUCUUCAUUGUAGCUAAAUUAAUAGUUGUGCCGCAUCGUCAAAGUGUUCGAUUGUAGAUUUCCGAUUAAACAUAUAUCCAUAAUGAGUACGAAAAAGGGUCCAACGUCUCCAUCCGCGGAGAAUCGAUCACCUGAAGAAUGUCUGCCUUCCACAUCAGGUUUCAGCAGCAGUAAGAAGCCAACCUCCUCUUCGCUAUCCCCAGCCAAAGAGAACUCCGGUAAUAUCAGCAUUUCCGAAAGCACCAUCAAACAUCCCAAUCCCGUGGAACCAACUCCCUCGAAAUGGAUCAGUUUGAAUGUUGGCGGAAAGGUUUUCACAACGACUUUGAGUACUCUUCUAAAUAAGGAGCCUAGCAGUAUGCUGGCCCGGAUGUUUGCCCAGGAAGACGCAAUGUGCCCCAGUGAUAAGGAUGGGCAAGGGGCGUAUCUUAUCGAUCGGAGCUCCCAAUACUUUGAACCGAUAUUGAACUACCUCCGGCAUGGGCAGUUGAUAUUCGACGGUCACUUGAGUCCCGAGGGCAUUCUGGAAGAGGCCAAAUUCUUCGGCAUUGAAGGCUUGAUUCCGCAGCUGGAAAGCCUGGUUCAGCAACAGCAAGCUGCCUCAAUGGAAGACCUUCCGCUGACGAGGAGAGAUGUCAUCAGCGCACUGAUCAAGACUUCCCAUAUGACGGAGCUGCGAUUCCAGGGAGUGAAUUUGGCGGGAGCUGACUUGAGGAAACUAGAUUUGCGUCAUAUUAAUUUCAAGUACGCCUGCUUGCAGCGGUGUAAUCUAUCGCUGGCCAAUUUGAACUACUGUUGUUUGGAAAGGGCAGAUCUCAGUUUUGCCAAUUUGGAGGGGGCUCAAUUGUUGUCGGUAAAAGGAUUGUGUGCUAACAUGGAAGCCGCGAACCUACAGGGGUGUAAUUUUGAGGAUCCGUCCGGAGUGCGAAGCAACCUCGAGGGGGUCAACUUGAAGGGCGCUUGCUUGGAGAACAGUAACAUGGCGGGGGUUAAUCUGAGAGUGGCGAACCUGCGGAAUGCUAAUCUGAAAAAUUGUAAUUUGAGGGCAGCUGUGCUGGCAGGAGCGGACUUGGAGCGUUGUAAUUUAUCUGGAAGCGAUCUACAAGAGGCCAAUUUACGCGGAGCGAAUUUCAAGGAUGCUCAACUAGAACUAAUGCUGACGCCGUUACAUAUGUCCCAAGCCAUCCGUUAGGCAGGCACGAUGAGUGUACUCCUAAUAGCAUCACGUAUAACUAAACUAGGGCUUUAACAAUUGAUGAUUCGAUUAUUUAAAUAUUUAUUAGUUUUUUGGGAUGAUUUACAGCUGGGAUUUACAGAAAUUCUCUUAUGCUAUAAGAGACGAUUAAUCGAUAGGGAUAGUCAAAUAACACGCCGACUGAUUGCAUGUAAAUCGAAAGUUUUAUAAUUCUGGUGGAAGCGUUCUUCCGCUUGAUAGGAUCAGCUUUACUAAACAGGCGUGUGCAAGAUAUUCGUAAUGGUGCCGCUUUUGAUAUACAGGUACGGGCUUAAUAUUUAUAGAAUGAGUUUAAAUUGCAAUAAUUAAAAUCAGUUACAAUCUAGUGGCAGUAAGAUGAAUGCCAAUAAUAUUAUAAUAUAUUAAUAAUCGAUAUGAAAUAAAUGGAUAAAUUGAAUACAAA